AUGAACGACCGCCAAAGAGAGCUUGCCGAGAAGCGAGCCAGACUCAAUGAACUCAAACGACAGAGAGAAUUGAGGCAGAAGGAGGGCAACCGGAAUAGUGCUGGUGGUCUUAGUGAUAUUAUAUCCCCAACGCCGUCAAGCAGCAGAAGGGAUAUCGAGUCCUUGAUCAGUUCUCUUGUUGGCGAGAGCAGACCAGUCUCCACCGGGGCAUCCUCCCCCAUACUACGGGGCAGUCGGCCUACAAGUGUUUUGAGUGCCGGCGAUGUAAGCAUAGAGAACUCUGACAAUGCAUCCCAAGCACCAGGCCAGACCGCUGCCCCCUCUCAACCCCAAGUCUUGACCACCGUCUCCUUGCAAACCGUCUACGAAGUGCCCCCCUCGCCCGUGAAGGAGGUCGUCACAUAUAGCGUCGGAGCCCAGACAACCGAGGAAUGGUUGCCACCGCCGUCGAGGAGGUCGCGAGCCUUCUCAGACCUGCCCGAGGAGGAUGAUCUGCCUGGCGUUACAUCCUCGCCCAGCAAGAGACUGAGCAGGAGAGAACGUGAGACCCACGAGGAGAUCAGACAACGACUCAAGCAAGAGAUUGAGGAAGACAUGCAACGAGAGGCCGAGGAACUCCGUAAUAUCAACGGUGGCGGUUUCGGCGGCUUAGUCACCACUUCCAACUUUCCCGCCCGAGUGCUUACAGAUGAUGAGCUACAAGCGGCUACCGCUUCAGACGAGUUCUUGGACUUCGUGGAGAGAUCAACUAAGGUUAUCGAAAGGGCUUUGGACGAGGAGUAUGAUAUUCUGACUGAUUACACGCUCCGAGCGCAAGACAUCGACGACGAUGAGGAGCAAACCGGCAAUACGGCUGGAAAGGGCCGGCGGAGGAUCAAAGAGCUUUUUCAAUUCUACGACGAGCGUUGGUCAAAGAAGCGUAUGAUCAGCAGUCUCGACUUUUCGCCGAAAUUCCCAGAGAUUUUGCUUGCGUCAUAUACCAAGAAUCCCACUGCACCGCAUGACCCUGACGGCAUAAUUCAGGUCUGGAACGGGAAGCUCCGCAGCCGUGCCGAGUAUAUCUUCCAUGCGCAGUCAGACAUUCUCACAGCCAAAUUCUCUCCUUUCCACCCCAAUCUCAUCAUCGGUGGUACAUAUUCUGGGCAAGUCCUGAUCUGGGACAAUCGGGCUAAAUCGGCUCCGGUACAAAAGACGCCGCUGACAGGUACUGGCCACUCACACCCUGUCUAUUCGGUUGACAUUGUUGGUACACAAAAUGCCAACAAUGUCAUUUCCGUUUCGACCGAUGGCCAACUCUGUGUUUGGUCCGUCGACAUGCUGGCUCAACCACAAGAACAGCUCACUCUGACCAAUCCGCAUCCCAGCAAGUUUGACGAUGUGGCUCCUACCAAUAUGGCAUUCCCAGCAGCUGAUCCGACAUAUUUCCUGGUAGGCUCUGAGGAAGGUGUCAUCUACCCAUGCCACCGGUAUGACCGUGCAGGCGCUAAGGCUGGUGUCGAUACGCGUGUCGCCUAUAAAGGUCACACCGCGCCUGUCAUGUCAGUUGACUUUCACCCACCUCGCGGACCUGUCGAUCUCGGUGAUUUAGUCUUGUCGUCCUCGCUUGACUGGUCCGUCAAGCUGUGGAAGGUCCGCGCUCCGGCAGCUACUUCUACCAUUGUAGAAUCUUCCGGCACUUCGGUAACGCCUCUCCUGGAUCUUGUCCGUGAGGACGUGGUCUAUGAUGCUGCAUGGUCACCUACACGGCCAGGUGUUUUCUCCCUCGUUGAUGGUGCUGGCUCUCUCGAAAUCUGGGACCUUGGCGUUGAGACUGAGAUACCUGUUGCUAAGAUCAGCCCCACGCCUCGGAAGGAGGGCCGUCAACUACUUAGUAAGAGUUUGAACAAGGUGGCUUGGGAGAAGCACGAAGGCAAGCGGUUGGCAACUGGUGGUAUUGAUGCCGCUGUUACAGUCUUUGAAGUCGGACCCGAUCUAGGAGGCAAAGAUGGCGCAAAGGCAGAGGAAUGGAUGAACGUCAAGAAGCUUGUAGCACGACUUGAAACUGCUGGAGCAGGAGCCGCUGCAUGA